CCUUCUUUCCCUCUUUCCAUUCAUAUAAAGAGGAAGACAAUAUACCCAGUUGGGGUAUCCUUUUUGCGAUUCGAGAACCGUUGGAGAGGCGGCUUCAACUGCUCAACAAUGGCUUCCAUCAACAUUUCUUGUCCUGCUUCAGCUCCUUCAUCUUCAAAAGCAUUCAAAAACUUCAAAUUGUUCAGUGGACUACAGUGUGUGAAACUAUUUUCUGCAAAUGGGUACACAACCGAUUCAUCCUUGGUCCAUCUGGGAGGCAAAUCAUUCUUCAGUAUCAAGAGUGAUGGUAGAACUAAAGCUGCAUUGUUAUCAAGGGAAGGUGGUGACCUCCGUUCUCAUCCCAAAGGUGCUAAUACUGUGGCAAGAAGUACUCUUAUUGUUGACUUGUCUGCUGGGAUUGAGACACAGCCUGAAUCAAUAGCAUUUGGAACACUUGGAGCAGAAACCACUCCUGCAACUUUCGGUUUUCCUGUUGAUAAUGAUGAAUUUGAUCUAGACUACCCCACAAAAGCUUUCUCUUCCAUCCCAGAGGCAAUUGAAGAUAUUCGCCAGGGAAAGAUGGUAGUGGUUGUAGAUGACGAAGAUAGAGAAAAUGAAGGAGAUUUAAUAAUGGCGGCAUCAAUGGUUACGCCGGAAGCUAUGGCUUUUUUUGUCAAGCAUGGAACUGGAAUUGUUUGUGUUAGCAUGAAAGGGGAAGACCUUGAGAGAUUGGAACUUCCUUUGAUGGUUGCCCGAAAGGAUAAUGAAGAGAAACUUUGUACUGCAUUCACAGUCUCAGUGGAUGCAAAAGAAGGUACAACGACAGGGGUGUCAGCUCAUGAUAGAGCAACGACAAUAUUGGCUCUUGCAUCCAAAGAUUCAAAGCCCGAGGAUUUCAACCGCCCAGGCCAUAUAUUUCCAUUGAAAUACAGGGAGGGUGGUGUUCUAAAAAGAGCUGGACAUACAGAAGCAUCUGUUGAUCUCGCUAUGCUAGCUGGGUUAGACCCUGUUGCAGUUCUAUGUGAGAUUGUGGAUGAUGAUGGUUCCAUGGCUAGAUUACCAAUGCUUCAGCAAUUUGUGCAGUCACAUAAUUUGAAAAUCAUAUCCAUUGCUGAUCUAAUCAGAUAUAGGAGGAAGAGAGAUAAAUUAGUGGAACGUUCUUCUGCUGCAAGGAUACCUACUAUGUGGGGGCCUUUCACAGCCUACUGUUAUAGGUCGGUCUUGGAUGGGAUUGAGCAUAUUGCAAUGGUCAAGGGCGACAUUGGGGAUGGGCAGGAUAUCCUUGUGAGGGUACAUUCAGAAUGCCUCACAGGGGACAUAUUUGGAUCGGCCAGAUGUGACUGUGGGAACCAGCUGGCACUUGCAAUGCAACAGAUUGAGGCUGCUGGCAAGGGUGUGUUGGUAUAUCUUCGUGGCCAUGAAGGGAGGGGCAUUGGUUUGGGCCACAAGCUCCGUGCUUAUAAUUUACAGGAUGAUGGACGUGACACUGUGGAAGCCAACGAGGAGCUCGGUUUGCCUGUUGAUUCAAGAGAGUAUGGCAUUGGUGCACAGAUACUAAGAAAUCUUGGGGUUCGAACAAUGAAGUUGAUGACAAACAACCCCGCAAAAUACAUCGGGCUCAAGGGGUACGGUUUGGCGGUUGCAGGGAGAGUCCCCCUCGUGACACCCAUUACAACGGAUAACAAAAGAUACUUGGAGACAAAACGUGCCAAAAUGGGACACGUGUAUGGUGUAGAAUUCAGUGAUCUCAUCAGUGGAAAUGGUAAAACUGAGUUCUGACAGUAAGACUGAUAUUGUACCUGACAUUUAACCUUGCUUCCCCGAUUCACACACAGGCAAGUUACCCAGAUGGGCUAGUAUACAUUAUGGAACGGUAACCAUUGCAAAAUUCCAUUGUUCUGAAGCUAGAUAUAAUAUUGAUUCUUUCAUGGUCAUUGAUGAAAUUCAACAACCCGUGUACUACAGAAUAUGAUCGAAAUUCUAGUGAAAAUUCAGGAAAAGAUGUUGUAUGCAAUUCUUUGCAGUGUAAAGCACACAUUAAGAGGAAAUUCCUGUUUCCAUGGAAUAAAGUACCUAUCUAGUUUCAAUAGCAUUACUUAUUUUUCGAAGCAAUUCCGCAGAAAAUAGGCCAUAAUGGUAGUUUUGCCUCUGGAAAACUAAUGAAUUCCGGACUUGUAUUUCGAAUA